AUGCGCACUUCAAGGCUUUCUCAGUCUGUCUCUCGUGAACGAGAUGCCUCUUCACCUACCACCCUCACUCCUCAAAGGAAACAUCGCAAACUACUUAAAGAUGGCUCCAGCGAGGUCUGGCCAGAAGAGAUUGAGCGAACGUUCGUUGAAGGUCUUCGAGAGUACUGGGAAUCACCUUGGGCAACCUACUCUCGCGGCAGAAGUCGUUGGAGAAACCAAUUCUUGGUCGAGUACUUACAGCGCGCUGGAAUAGAUCGUUCCAAGAAGCAGGUUGCAAGCCACAUACAAGUACUUCGCAAUAUGUGGAAAGGCGAGCCAGAGUACCAUUUAGUAGCUGGUGGCGAGGAACUAUUCCUUGAUACUGGUCUUCCCCAGGUCAAAGCAGAGGACUUUCCCGACUCGCAUCUGUUGGAAUCCAUGAUGUUUGAUGAUCACUCCCCAGCAUCAGACCGUUCUGAGACUGCUGGCAAUGAGCAACGGCAACUCUCCCCGCUGUCAUCUUCACUCUGGACCCCUGAUAUGUCGGUCCGGACAGCAGCAUCUCAGUCAUGCCCAAAUGUGCCAUAUACUGCCACGCGCGCGGACCUCGACUUAAACCGUGGCUAUGAACGGUCGAGUCAUCCCAUGUUCACCGCUGACCAAAUGUUACCGGAUCUCCUCCUCUCGGAUUCUCCACGGAUUCACAACCCAUCAACGCUCUAUUCUGGUGCGCCACGUCCGCCCAUCUUGACAGCAUUGUCGCUUUGGGCAGAGGGCAUGCAGCCCGCCACGGUACCGGUGGAUGCGCUGUCCUCCCGAACACAGCCAGCGGACCUGAACGUUUCGGUUGUGGCACUGCGUGUUAAGCUCCGUCUCCCUCCCAUAGAAGCUCCUUACUCUCCGGCACUUCACGGUUUUCAAGGAUCGAUUACAUGCAACGCUCCACGCACCUCCAGUAUUAGAUGCUCCACAGCUGUUUUCGUAAGAAACCAGUGUGUCUCUCGGGAAAGUAGUUAUUGUUCCGUGACAGCUGCGGAUUCCACCGGACCUGAUGUACUGGAUCAUAUUACCUUACUCUUGCCCGAUUCUCAGCUGAGUCGUAGCCGAUGGUUGGAUCCUAAUAUACAAGCAUGCAUUGUACAGAAAAUCGUCGUUGAUGAACAAGUCACCGCAGUCAUUUACUACGAUCUCGACAGAAGGCAGUGUGAAAAUAUUCCAUCUGUGGAGCUCACCGGGUUCCAAAAAUACACUGGCCACGCGGACAACGCACAGGUGCCAACUACCAGCGCCUUCGUACCAAACUAUACAUAUACACCUGGACACUGCAUACCACGUACCAUCCAUGCCACCCCGACUUCUCUAUCACAUGCGCUCACUCCCCCUAGCACGAACUCCUCUCCCAUGAGUGUUCCAUUCCAGGGCUCGCCAUAUAUGAUGUCUUCAUGA